CAGUUCUCAUCAUCUACCAUCCUCUCUCAUCCUGUCAUCAUUUAUGAAACAUUCUGUCUCUUCCCCUUCUAUCAUUUCUACUUGUUUUUGAACAAGAAAAGUUCAACUCUCUCCAGAACAACAAAGGGACAAACCCCCUGCUGCAUUAGCAUUGUCACACCUGAGAUCUCUCAUCCCAAGAUCAAUCAUGGUACCAAAUCCGGAGACACACAACCGCCCUGUCGCCGAAGGCGAACAAAUCCUCCCGCUCCAUGGCGCCCUUGAGGGCACCUUCUACGUCCCGCCGAUGCCUACAGGCCCCAUGUCGAUGACAUCGUAUGUCACACCUCACAUGCAGGCCUUUCCCACAAACUAUGCCAUCGGGGCGCCGACUAUGUGGGCAGCCGGCGCCCCUCCCAUGAUCUUCCCAUACAUGAUCGACACCUCUGGUCAACGCCAUGAUCUCGCUUCUUACGCCGAAUGCACAGCAGAUUCUGGAGUUGAUCAGGUCAACGGGGUGAUGGUGGUGUGCGAUAGCGGUGCAAACAGCGACGAUCUACAGGCCCCUCGGGGCAAAUACUACUACAAUGGCUGCAGGAAGCUUGGCUCAGGAUCACAGGUCAACGGCAUUGAGAUUGUAUAUCACGGAGGCAGUCCGACACCAACGGCGCCUGCCAUGCCCGGCCGCUGGGAAAAGAUGGAUAUGCUCAAUGCGGACGGCAGGGAGAUUAAGGGGGCUCCCAAGAACCAGAUCAACGGCGCCAGGGUCAGGCUGAUGAAGAGGUCGGAUAUGGGGGCUUCGAUUUAGAUUAGCAUUUGUUUUCAAUGGCUGUUUUUCUUUCAAAAGUUGUAUACUAUACCAGCCGUUAUCGAGAUGAUCGAACUGGCACAUGUAGAUCCAUGAAUCAAGAGUGUUUUUGGUAUC